CAUCUGGGCUGACACGUGUUCUCUGUUUAUUACCACUGAGGACGAGAGAGGGGGAGAGAGAGAGAGAGAGAGGGAGGGAGGGAGGGAGAGAGAAAGACAGCGAGGGAGGGGGAGGUGUGUGUGCAGUGGGGGUCCAGAUAGGAGCAACCUCACAGGGUAGACAGCCUCUCUCAUAUCCCCACGCACAUUCCCAAACAGACAGGAGGAACGCAGGAGAGAAGCGCACACGUACGUCGACCGGACUCGGUCUCCAAGGAAGCCGAAACCACCGAAAUAGGUUACUCUCCAGGAUGGCUGGGAUGAAGGAGCAGAAGUUCACGGAGGAGAAGCCCCUACUGCCAGAACAAAGAGGGCAGGACACAGAGAUGCAGCAGGAGAGCACUAACGGGGCGCAGAGCACAAACGUGCAGCCCUGUGUGGCCUCCCCGCCCUCCGGUGCCACGCCACCCCCGAGCCGCCCCCACCGGUGGCACAUGUUUGCGCGGCACUGGCUCCGUAUGACCCGCCGUCGGACCAGCGGGUGCAUCCCGGAGACCAGUGACACCUUCGCUACUGUGGGAGACUGGAAGGAACAUGACGUUGAGACACCCUAUGGUAUGAUCCAUGUUGUAAUUAAGGGUGCACCCAAGGGGAACAGACCAGCAAUCCUGACCUACCAUGAUGUGGGGCUCAACCACAAGCUGUGCUUCAAUGCAUUCUUCCAAAAUGAGGACAUGCAGGAGAUCACUAAGCACUUUGUGGUAUGCCAUGUGGAUGCCCCUGGGCAGCAAAUAGGAGCCUCCCAGUUUCCCCAGGGGUACCAGUACCCCACGAUGGACCAGCUGGCAGGCAUGCUGCCCAGUGUUGUGCAGCACUUUGGAUUUAAGAGCAUCGUAGGAAUUGGAGUUGGCGCUGGUGCCUACAUCCUGGCGAAAUUUGCUCUCAUUUUUCCAGAUCUGGUGGAGGGCCUUGUUCUACUGAACAUUGACCCCAAUGGAAAGGGCUGGAUUGACUGGGCAGCCAGUAAGCUAUCUGGCCUCACAAGCACCCUGCCUGACACGGUGCUGCCCCAUCUCUUCAGUCAGGAGGAGCUGAUGAACAACACAGAGCUGGUGCAGAGCUACCGACAGCAGAUCAACAAUACUAUCAACCAGUUCAAUCUGCAGCUUUUCUGGAAUAUGUACAACAGCCGUCGAGAUCUGGAGAUGAGCCGCACUGGAACCGUGCUGAAUGCCAAGACUAUCCGGUGCCCAGUCAUGCUGGUUGUUGGUGAUAAUGCCCCUGCUGAAGAAGGAGUGGUUGAGUGCAAUUCCAAGCUGGAUCCUACUAAUACCACCUUUCUGAAGAUGGCUGAUUCUGGUGGACUGCCCCAGGUCACACAGCCUGGGAAACUCACUGAGGCUUUCAAAUACUUCCUCCAGGGAAUGGGCUACAUUGCGUAUAUAAAGGAUCGAAGGUUGAGUGGGGGGCCAGUGCCCUCCGCCAGCAUGACUCGACUGGCUCGCUCACGGACCGCUUCGCUCACCAGCGCCGGUUCCAUCGACGGCUCCCGCAACCGCCCCUGCACCCACUCGGACAGCAGCGAUGCCGUGGGCCAGCUCAACCAUACUAUGGAGGUCUCUUGCUGAGGGCCUUGGGACUGGGAGCAAGGGCCAGGAGAUCUCCUUGGAUGCAACCUGCACCCCAUCAGCUCCUUUUCCUCCUCUCUUUGCACAACUCCCCUUUGCUCACCGCCACCUCCUAUGAAACCUUAGAUUUAGCAAGCACUUUGUUUUACAUAACCUUUUUUCUACUUUUGUCCAGUGUCUUCCCACCCACACCCAAACAUUUCCUCAAUGACUGCUUCCUGUUCCCUAAAAUUCAUUUCAUUUCUUGUGUCAAGUGUUGCAGGAGGGGGGUAUAACAUCAAUGCAAAAAAUAAGUUUCUGAAGUAUUCAGGAUGACUUCUGCUUGAGGCCGUAGAUGGUUAAACACAGUGUGCAUAAAGUCAUGCUUUAUGGAAAUUAUAUCUUAAGAAGGAUUUUAGAAGGCUUUAUUGUAGCAGUAAUUUCUGGAGUUUUCAGGUCAUGCGUUAGGAGUGUACCAGGGCCAUUCUGUAGCAGAUCCUUCUCUUCCAUGACUGACCAAAGUGGCACCGAUGUUGGACAUGGCACUUGAAGGGAGUGCCCAGGGCCUGGUACAUGGCAGCACGUAUUAACCGCCACCACGCCACCAUGACCCCUCCCCCUAACCCCUCUCCAUCUCUUGCGGUAUGACAUGUUUCACGGCUUUACCGCCUACAUAGCCUGUUGUGGUAGUGCGGUAACAUAGCCUGCUGACUGAGAGCAUCACGCUGUAUUCAGAAACAAAGACGGAAACAUCCUCUGAAGUCCACCAUCACGAAAUGCUAGUUCAAAGUGGAGACAGGUAGUUUUAAAACACUAACCGUGCAGUGAAAUCGGAAUUAGAGCCUAGAAAAUUAACAUUUCGUGGAUUUUUUUUCUGUAGGCAGUUAUUUAAAAAUGAUAGAGAAGCAUUGAUGUUGUUUGAAUAUUGACACGGCAUGCUGUCACAUGGCGCUUUAUACUGUUAAAACCACUCCAUAUGGUUUCAAUGUUCUGUAUACCUGAUUGGGUGAGUGAUUGAGUGAGUGAUUGAGAAGAACAGGCUUGUAGUGCUCUUAGAAGGUCUUUAUUGGUCAUAUGAGAAUUCAGUUUUAGAUUGAAGAGACCCAUCUGUACAUGUACAGCACUGAAACAUGUCCCAGCUGCCUCAACCAACCGAGUAGCCGUUCGACACCCGUACCCUCCUGUACAUCGGUUAAGGCUCUGCAGAACCAGGUCUGGAAAGCUCCCUGUUCCAGUGGGUCCAAAGAGAGGUGUGUGCACUGCCAGGGAGUGGUGUGCUGGGGUCUUUACAUUGACAAUCACCUUCCAAUACAAACCAAACCAGGCCUUGGAGCCCAGGCAGACCCCACUGGAAGCAGGGAGUCCUGGCUAGAUUGGUGUCUUGCGAAACACCUUUCCCCAUAGCACCCAGCCCUAAAUAAUGAUAAUAAUGCCAAAGCCACACACAGACAGUGGUUGGGUGCUCUGGGGAAGUAUAAAUAACACAUAGACAUGAACGGAGACGGAGCGAGAGAGAAGGGGAGAGAUGGCACCGCAUGCUCGAAUAUCCUCUGAACAAAUAAAACCGAAACACACGGGCAUACAGAUAUGACACACAUACGCAAACAGAUUUUACAGUGCAGAUACAUGAAAGAAGACAAAUAAUAUAGCCAUAUUCACUUGCAUUCAAUCCUGCAUAAUUCCCUUCAAUUGACAGUUGUUUUCAAGGGGAAAAAGAAAGAUUUUUAUGCUGUAGGCUACCUAUGAAUCCUUGACAGCCAUGAAAAUAAUACAUUUGCAUGUCUGGGUUACAUAACCUAGGAUUUACAAAAAAAGUGUUCAUUAAUUGUUUCUGAAAUGCAGCAUUUUGAUUUUGGUCCUAUUGAACCUUAUUUAGUCGAAACAGAAUAAUCCAGAACAAUAAUUCCACAUACAAAAUCGAUAUGUAAUUAAUUUGUUUGUUUCAAAAAUCUUUUAUGUUACUGUACAUGUUUUUGAGUGCAUGCAAAG